AUGGGCAAGUUCAAGCCCGUGGUGAUUGUCGGCGCCGGAGUGCUGGGCCUGACGACGGCCUCGGUGCUGCAAGACAAGUACCCCGGCAUCCAGAUCACGAUUGUGGCGGCAGAUGUACCGCUGGUGCCGCCGGUGGCGGAGAGAGAGCGGCCGUCGCCCGACUAUGCGUCCAUGUGGGCGGGAGCGCAUCUACGCCCGACGCCCGGGGCGGACCGACAGCUGGGCGACGAGCACUUCCUGGCGCGUCGCACGGCGGCGGUGAUGAAGUCGCUGGCGCGCAGCAACCCGGAGUCGGGGGUGCAGGAGGUGGACGGGCGCGAGGUGAUGGAGUACCUGCCGGAAGACAAGCAGCGACUCAAGACGGGCGACUCGUACGUGGGCGCGGACGACCAGUUCCGGAUCCUGGAGGCGCACGAGAUCGAGGCCGGCGGCGUCUGGGGGUGCGAGUACAAGACGUGGAUUGUCAACGUGCACGUCUACUGUCGCUGGCUGCUCACCAACUUCAUCCGUCGGGGGGGGAAUGUGGUGCAGCGUCGACUGAACAGUCUCGACGAAGCAUUUGACCCGUCUUUGUUCCCUUCUUCUCCUUCUUCUUCUCCUUCUUCUUCAUGGUUGGUGGUCAACUGCUCCGGGCGCAACUUUGACACGGACGAGAAGACGAAUGUGAUUCGAGGGCAGACGGUGCUCGUCAAGAACACGUACCACAAGACGGCGACGCGACACAACAAGGACGACACCUGGUCGUUCCUGAUCCCGCGACCGCUGGGCGGCGGCACGAUCGUGGGCGGCACGAAGCAGCACGGCGACUGGGGCACGGAGAUCCGGCCGCAGGAGACGGCGGAGAUCCUGGCGGCGGCAGCCAAGUACUGGCCGGACUUUGUCAGCAAGGUGGAGGAUUUCGAGGUGGUCAUGGUCAACGUCGGGCGGCGGCCGUGGCGAGAGGGGGGGAUGAGGAUCGAGCGCGAGGAGUUGGGCAAGGGGCGGGUCGUCGUGCACGGAUACGGGGCUGGAGCCAGAGGAUACGAGCUCAGCUGGGGAGCGGCCGAGCGGAUUGCAGGAUUAGUGGAUGCAGGAGUUGUUUCUGCCAAGUUAUAG